AUGGAGAAGACGGCACGACUACAGGUGCCGUUUGUUGCAGCAGCUAUAUCGCUAUGCUGCAUUAUGACCGUAGCUGUGGUACUCCCAGUGCUCCACAUCCAACUCGAAAGGGCACAGUCACGUCUUCAAGCUCGGAUGGAUGCUUUCAAGUACACUGCUCGUAACAUAUGGCAAGACAUCGUUCUUGUGAAGAGUCACGGUCGUAUCCGUCGUCAGGGAUACGGCAACUAUGAAGCAAGCAGUGAUAGUCAACAGUGUACGUCGUGUAUACAAUUGCAAUGUCCACCGGGACCACCUGGACCCCCUGGCGUGAAUGGAGAGCCUGGCAUGGAUGGUGCACCAGGACGUCCAGGAAAGCCUGGACUUGAUGGCUUGGAUGUACCUCUUGAUCCGGAACCGAGCUUCCCUUGUGUGAUAUGCCCAGCGGGACCACCAGGAAAUCGUGGACCUCAAGGUGAAACUGGCCGUCCAGGAUUACCAGGGGAGCCCGGUCACCCAGGUCUACCAGGGCGUCCUGGAAAACCCGGUAGAGUAGGUGACGCAGGACCCCAAGGUGACCCUGGAGAGGAAGGUGAACCUGGAAUCAAAGGUCCACCUGGUGACGACGCUAUCGGAGGCACAGGAAUCAAGGGCCCACCAGGUCCACCUGGUCCACGUGGGCCAAAGGGACCGCCGGGAACGAACGGCAUGCCAUCGCAGAAUCCUGGACCAGCUGGUCCAAUUGGAGAGAUGGGACCACCUGGUCCUCCUGGUCCACGUGGAGAACCUGGACCUCCAGGACCGUUCGGCCCACCUGGUGACUCGGGAGAGCCAGGAGGGCACUGUCCUUCGUCGUGUGGGAUACAAGAGAUUGUUGCACCAUCAGUUACUGACCUCGAUACUGGAGAGUACCCUCAACAGAACUAUCCGCGUGGUCCUGACAGAGGGCGCUAUGGUGGCGGUGGCGGAUAUGGAAAGAAGUAG